UUGGUGCUGUCAGCGAUGUAGCGUUUGGAGAUUGACAAUUGCAGUCUCCAGUAGUACUGGGGUGGUUGUGACAGUAAUGUAAAGUGGUCGUAAGGCAAUACAUAUUUUGUGACGAUGAAACAGAGAGCAAUAUUUAUGUAUUAGCAGUGUUGUUCAUAACUGUUAACCAUGUCUACUGGAACAAAUUUGGUUGUUCCAGUAGUACUUUGGGGUAAACACCCCCCUACACACUGCAUUUCGUGUGUUAUGUUGUCUAGAGAUCAAAAAACAUUGAUCACCGGCUGCUAUGACGGACAGAUUUGCUUGUGGCAAAUGAAUCCUGAUACUCUGAAGAUGUUUCCCAGAUGCCUUCUUGUUGGCCAUACUGCCCCUGUCUUGUGCCUUGCAAAAGCAAGUGUUGUACUAGAUAACAAUUACAUAGUUAGUUCUUCAGAAAGUGGAGAGAUGUGCUGCUGGGAUCUAGUUGAUGGAAAAUGCAGGGAGGUGGUUAAGCUAGCACAUGUGCACACAACUAUUCAGGCAUACCAUAUGUCAGGCUGUGAUGACGUUCGUCUAUUCUGCAAUGGAUAUUAUUCUGAAAUUUUAGUAAUGGAUCCAUUUAGUUUGGAAAUUCUCUUUACUCUGUCAUCAAGGGUUAAUCCUGACUGGAUAAGUGCCGUUCAUGUUCUUCGUCCAAACAAGAGAAAAGAUGAUGUAGUACUGGCAUUGACUACAACUGGAACUGUGAAAGUUUGGACUUUGUUGGGCCAAGAAACUAAAUCCCAAGAACCUCUAUAUGAAAAUGAGAGCAAACAGAUUCGCUGUUUGAAUGCCUUGUCUAUGACGUGCUGCUCCUAUAAUCAGCGCACAGUAUUAAUUGUGUGUUCCAAAUUCUGGCAGAUAUAUGACGCUGGAGACUUCUCGGUGCUGUGUUCGGUUAUAGCUUCACGUGGCGAGCGCUGGAUGGGUGGUGAAUUUCUUGCAGCUGAUCGUGUCUUGGUUUGGAGUGAUGAAGGGAAAGCAUACAUGUACAAACUACCAGCCAACAAGCUGAAAGGGAAGAACAUUAGUAGCUGUAUUGCUGACAACAAAGACUUCCAUAGCAAGUCCAUUGAAACAGACAGUCCAUUUCUCUACUGUGUGCUUGCAGCUCCAGAGGAAAAGCUGCUUUCUUGCCCUCCAGCUCUACGUUACCAUGUGAUUCAUCGACAAGGCCGGACUCACAAGCUCUUAGUGCGUGGUGAUUCUGAGGGUUCAGUAGUAGUGUGGUCUGUUCCAGAUGUAACAGAUGGGCAGCUAUUACAGAUAAAGCAAGAAGAAUUUGACAAGCCACCAGGAAUGCCUCCAGCUGUGACCACAAGUCUGUCAGAGGCAUGGAAAGCAAUGAGGCGCCCACCUGUUGGCAUUUUGGAUCAACUGGAUGCAGGAAGCCCAAAAGGUGUGGCUUUGACAGCAAGUAUAUAUUUACCACAGCAGAGCAGAUUGGUUGUAGGGCGUGAAGAUGGCUCGAUUAUUAUUGUGCCAGCAACACAAACAAUAAUGCUCCAGUUGCUUCACGGACGUCAUCAGCAAUAUGACGAUUGGCCACCACAUCAGGUCUUGUUAGGUCAUACAGGACGUGUCAACUGUCUGCUGUAUCCCUACAAUGUGCACCCACGUUACGAGAAAUCACACUUAGUAUCUGGUGGAGUGGAUUUUGCAGUCUGUCUGUGGGAUCUGUAUGCAGGGCAUCUGUUGCACCGUUUUUGUGUUCAUGCUGGUGAAAUCACUCAACUGCUGGUUCCCCCUAAUAGUUGCAGUGCACGUAUCCAGGGGUGUGUAUGCAGUGUUGCAAGCGACCACUCAGUCACUCUUCUCAGCUUAUCGCUCCGUCGCUGUGUGGUGCUGGCUUCAAGGCACCUCUUCCCUGUUGUUACAAUCAAAUGGCGCCCAUUGGAUGACUUCAUGAUCGUUGGCUGCAGUGAUGGUGCUGUCUAUGUUUGGCAAAUGGAAACAGGCCAUCUGGAUCGUGUUUUGCAUGGAAUAAGUGCUGAAGAGGUAUUGUAUGCAUGUGAUGAAAAUCCAUCGGCGGCCAGUGCUGGAGAAAUGGGUUUGGCCAAUCCAGCCGUCCAUUUUUUUAGAGGUCUCAGACAUCGCAAUCUGUCAGCCAUAAGGCAUGCCACUCAGAGAGGACUUCAUCAGCUCCAGCAGCUACAUCAUGCUACAAACCAGGAUGGAACAGACCAACAGAAAAAUCGCACAUUGCCAUUGUCCAUUCAAGGUCUUCACACAAAUCCAAAGGAUCCAGAAUCUCAUAUCCUCUUCUUUGACAUUGAAGCUCUUAUAGUGCAAUUGCUGCAGGAAGAGUACAGUACUAUGUCCCCUGGUACCCUCGAAGCACAAGGGCUCAUUAAUCAAGCUGAGUAUCAGAAAGUGGCUGCCCUUACACAGUCUGCAUCACCAGAUGCUCACAAGAAGAUAGCAGAUUUCUUUGGUCGGGUCAAGGACAAGGCGGGUGAUGUGGAGCGCAUCCUCAAGGAAAAGGAUCGACAUGGCAUAUUGGCAAAAAUGAAGGAGGGAGCUGAAAAUGUUCAAACAAAGCUUCAAGCAAAAGCUGAAAAUGUUAGCUUCAAACCUGCUCAGCCUGAAGGAAAAGGUGGCACUGAAAAUGGGAAUGAAACCUCUUCAAAGACAAAGCCUCGUGCUGUGGCAGGGCUAGAGACCAACAUUACUAUGGAAACAGCACAACUUCUUCUGUCACUGAUGCACGCUUGGGACAUGGAUCCUGAUCUUGACAAAGUCUGUGAGAAGAAACUGGGUCUGCUGCGGCCAAUGGUUCCCGUUUCUUUUGGUGUACUCUCCAAAGGAGGUCACAUGAGUUUACUGCUACCAACAUGGCAGACAAGUGUAGAUGAUGCAGAACUAAUGGCUGAAGUAGAAGUAUCACCAAUUGCUUUAGAUUUACCAGAAGAUGCUCUUCGUCUUGAAAGGCUGACACGCUUGUUCACAUCACGUAUACAUUGGGAACUGAGUACAACACUCACUACUAAUCAUCUUCUUGCCAUCAUUGCUAUUGCUAACACCCUGAUGUCCAUGAACAAUGCAACCUUCGUACCUGAACAGGAACGUAACCGAAAAUUGCACAGACAGAGUACAAGAAUGUCACUGAGCUGGAACAGUAAGAUAGAGGAAGAAAAAGAAGAACAGUUCACUGCCCAGCAGGCUCAGAUCAAACAGGGCUGGAGUCUUUUGGCUACUCUGCACUGUGUGCUUCUGCCAGAUAAAGUAGUGGCUAACGGUUCUCGUGCAUUCAAGAGGCCACAGGUGGAAAUGAUGGCUAGGAGGUGGCAGCAUCAGUGUCUUGAGAUACGUGAAGCAGCACAGGCUCUGCUCUUGGCAGAACUGGGACGACUUGGUCCGAAGGGCCGAAAGGCACUUGCAGAUAGCUGGGCAACAUAUUUACCUAUCUACACACAAGGUCCUGAUGGCCAUGGAGUGUUACAACCUGGUCACUCACAACAACAGGCGCCAGCCACUCCACAGCCUUCAGGUUCUGCCAGUGGCGACAGUCAACAGCAGCAACGACAGGGUCAUGACGACGAGAUGGAGGAGGAAGAAGAAGGGAUGGAAGAGUAUUGUGUGCGCAAGCCUUCAAGCAUAUCAGAAUUGAAACGGAAGCAAACAACAGCAGUUGUUUUGCUGGGUGUAAUUGGUGCUGAAUUUGGGCAAGAUGUUGGAGGUGAAGCAUCUGGACGACGACGGGCUGGUGACGAUCAGCGUCGUAAAACUUCCGUUGUUGAAGGCUUUGGUAUUGGAAACAACAACCUCGCAAUGCUGACAAGUAUAGCUCUUACACAGCUACUAUUAGCACCACCUUCUCCACGUAUUCCGGCUCACACACCCUUGAGACGUGCAGCAAUUGAUUUGAUAGGACGUGGUUUCACUGUGUGGGAACCUUAUCUUGAUGUAUCUAAGGUGCUUCUUGGUCUGCUUGAACUUUGCUGUGAUGCUGAUAAGCUUGUGCCAAGCAUGACGUAUGGCCUGCCAUUGACGCCAGCUGCAGAUUCGUGCCGCACUGCUCGGCAUGCUCUCACACUUAUUGCCACAGCACGACCAGCUGCAUUCAUCACUACUAUGGCUAGAGAGGUGGCUCGUUACAACACGUUGCAGCAAAAUGCACAGACCUUGAAUGUAAAUUUAAGCAAUUCUGUUCUUCACCGUGCCAAGACAGAAAUACUGAGAGGAGUUGAGCUGCUGAUUGAUAAAAUGCAGAAUGAAAUGGCUGAUUUGCUUGUUGAGGUUAUGGACAUAGUGCUUCAUUGCUUAGAUCCAGGCCAUCUAAAGACAAACCGCCUGAAUGACAUAUUCCCUGCAGUAUGUCGCUUCAAUCAAGUUAGCCACUGUCCAAAUACACGGCGUAUUGCAGUUGGCGCAAAAGGUGGACAAGUAGCUUUGUAUGAACUACGUUCCAAUAAAUGUCAGAUGAUUCCAGCUCAUGGAGCAGCAGUUACUGCCAACACAUUCUCACCAGAUGGAAAAUACUUAGCCACCUACAGUUGCAGUGAGAACAGGCUUUCAUUUUGGCAGACUUCAACAGGUAUUUUUGGACUGGGAAAUUCACAGACCCGAUGUGUGAAAUCAUAUUCGACAGCACCAAUACCAGAUGUUUCGCGCCUGAACCCAAUGCGAUUAGCUAAACUAGUGUGGAUAAAUAAUCGCACAGUGUCCCUGAUGCUUGCAGAUGGAUCUGAAACAAGAUUCAAUGUCUAAAAAUUUGUUUACUCAGUAUAUUUUAUGAAUGGAAAAGAAUAUUGGGUUCUUUAUGAAAAGAUCUUUUAGAAUGGAGUUUGUGACAAGAUUAUUAAUGGAAGCUUUGUUUGGCUUUUUAAUAGCUAAACUGUGCAUGAAAUAUUUCAAACACAAGUUUGUGUAUUGAAUGUUGAAUUAUAGCUUCGAUCUUGCACUAGCCUGUAUGGAUUUUUAAAUUUGUGCCAAUUUGAAAUUAUUGAUCACAAAUCCAUUCUUUAAAAUCUUUAUUAACCAAGUUGUAAUGUUCACUCCACCCACAACAUGCUGUGAUAAGUUCAUUGUUAUAAAGUAAUAUAUUGUUGUACAAAGUUCUGCUGUUAAAUUCCAUUUGUGAAUAGAUGCAUUUAAACAUUGGUUUUCAGCUCAGAUUGUGUGAUCUCUCUCUCUCUCUCUCUCUCUCACACACACACACACACACACACACACACACACACACACACACACACACACACUCACGGUCACACACACACACACACACACACACACACACACACACACACACACACACACAAACCAUAUGGUACAAUGUUCUGUUUUCCAGCUUUGUUUGUAAUAAUCAUAGUAGGAUUGGCUUUUUGCCAGUAGAAAAAGCAACACUGAUUAUCAGUUUGUUUUUCAUGUAUUUAUCUUCUGGAGCUUCAGCCAUGUCGACCAGGAUCCAGCAUGAUCAAAUAUGUGGAAGGCCAAUAUUCUUUGCUAAUAAUGUGACAACAUCGUUUUUUCUUGAUCUGUGAGGCUUGAAACUUACUGUUAAGAAAUUCUUGUGUUCGAACUCGUACCUGAAACUCAUUGUACUUUGGUGAUACAAAGUUUAUGACUAUGAAGAUUAAUGAUAAAACAAUGUAAAUAAUUCAAAUUGAGAAUUAAUUCUGCAUAAUGUACUUUGAGAAGUGCUACAUGAGAUCUCUUUAUCAUCUGGUCCGAGAUUACAAUACAUUAAUUCGAUGACUGAUUUUACUGUUAUACAGUAAUUCUAAGGCAUUGCAUAGCACUUAAGUUAUGUGGUGCUGUUGUCCAUCAGUAUAUCAUACAAUAUAAAUCUGUUGUUUCAUAAUUCACAGCUUUCAAAUCAACAUGUUGCAUAAAGGUAUUGGUGAAUGUGUGUUUAAGUAUGCAUUUCAGAAGUGUCCCUGUACAUUCCACAAAUUGAAUAUUAGUCCCAUUAAUUUCAAAGUGACAUUUUUUUAAUAAUAGUUAAUUCACUGUAAGUAAUUUAAAAAGAAGAUGAGGAUACAAACUAUCCCUAGUUCAGUUUUUGUGAGACGCACAGGCACAUGCAAUCCCCAUUACAAUUUUAUGUUUUAGGUUAACAGAUAUUAUUAAACAUCACAGAAAGAGACAGCUUGUUGUGCUGGCAAUUGUCAGCUAUAUUUUAUUAUUUUCACCUACCUAUUGUAUUAACAUUUAUAUAUUAAUUUAAAAUUAUCGUUGCCUUGUGUUCCACUGAGAGUGUUGUCAUUUGCACAGCUUAUGAUAAUCAUUACAGACGAGUGUUUUGCAAAUAAGACUUGCAUAUUCCAAAAUAAUUUUGUCAUUUCUCCAUGCAAGUCAUUUUUCCUCAUUUUAUUCUUGAGUAUUUAUUACUGUCUGUCUGUUAAAACAUAUUUGCACGUACUAAAAAUGAAAAAAUUAAGGUUUUGAUGGCACAUAAUUGGAUUUGCAAAUAACUCGUAAUUAAUGGUUUGUUUUAGGUGUAUAUCACUUGACUGAUGAAUGUGUGUGUGUGUGUGUGUGUGUGUGUGUGUGUGUGUGUGUGUGUGUGUGUGCGUACACAUAUGUGAUUGUUGUGAAAAUAUUUCUUGACCAGUUGUGUUCCAUUACUUCAUCAUCAGAUUUUUGUUAAGUUAUAUUUUUACUGUCUGUAAGUGGUGGUGUUAGAAAUGUUGCAGUGUGAUUGUGUGAAAAAGUUUGUUGUUGAUGCAAUGAGUUACCAAAUUGUUGACAAUAAUAUGUACUUAGAUGUUCAUUGGGUUUAUGCCCUUAUGUAUCCCAAAAUAUUAAAAAAAAAUCCCUUAAGUC